UCUACUGUUACAAAACAAACAACACACUCUUAACACUUUUACAGGAACGCUACAUCCAACAUCAGAUGUCAAUCAAAGUGCCAAAGAGAAAUCACAUAAUCACAUCAUAAUGUUCGAUUUUUAUUUACUUGUUUAAUUUUGUGUUCCAUUUGGGAGCAGUGCUUCCAUGUCCUCCAUGCAUUGUAUUGUGUGAGAAUAGUAUUUAGUAGCAGCAUGUAUUUACUAUGCACUCUCCCAGUGGUGACAUGUAAUAGUAUGUGGUAUGAAUCUGACACAAACACCUAAUAUCUACUUGUUUUCUGGUUUGGUGUGUCUACACCACAAACCAUUUUAAUGUUAGUCCUUCACACUAACACACAGUUUGCUCAGGCUUGAGUCUGAACACAUGUUACUCAGAGGAAACAUGAAAAUAAUUGUAUUAUUCUAACCACAAACACACAAUGCUUUUUAUGUAUCUUUAGAAAUCUGAAGCUGUAAAGUACUAUGAUACUUCACGGAAAAUAAGAACUUUGACCUGCAGCUGACUUGUGUUUUUUUUUGUUGGCCAACACGCGUUUGGAAGCAGCUGAUUGGAGAGCCAGAGGUUUGACGUGGGGCGAGAGGGGGUGGCUGCAGUUCUCAGUGUCCGACACUGGGUGCUGCUGGUCGGGAGGGACGUGCUGCUGCUGCGGUGCCAAAGAGCACGCAGACCGAGGCGCGACGUGGAAUGGCACUUAAAGUGUUUCACGAUCCAACAUUUGAGAUCCAACCACACAAUGAGGGCAGAGUGUCGGCUUUGACCUGGAUCUGACGCUGAAAUAUAAUUCAUCAUUUAACACUUGUGUGAAGAAGAAGCAGCAGCAGUGUUCGUCAUGGACGGCGGGUUGACUAUCACUUUUAUAUCUGUUGCGAUGUUUGUGGGCUCUUUUAUACUUGGAUUCAUCCCGCUGUUGUUCAGACUCACUGAGAAAAGCCUCCAGUUUGUCUCCAUCCUCGGUGCAGGACUCCUGUGUGGGACAGCGCUGUCAAUAGUCAUCCCUGAAGGAGUGGGCUUGCUGGAAAGGUCAUGGAGUGCAUCCUCCUCCCCUGAUGUGCAAUUGAGACAGAAUGCAAGUGAGAAAAACGCUACGUCUACGGAGAUAGGCUCUCCACCUCAGUUCUUCAUCGGAGUGGCUUUAACUUUCGGGUUUACCCUCAUGUUUGUGGUGGAUCAGAUUGGAAGUUACUUUUCCAUGCGGGAUCAAGCGAACAGUGCCGGCAUCACUGCGACUUUGGGACUUGUUAUUCACGCUGCAGCUGAUGGAUUUGCUCUGGGUGCAGCUGUGGCCACAGGACAAGUGUCAGUGCAAGUGAUAGUAUUUUUUGCUGUGAUUCUACACAAGGCGCCGGCAGCUUUUGGUUUGGUCUCCUUUCUGAUGCACGCAGGCCUCGACAGGAAGUACAUCAUGGGACAUUUACUGGCCUUUUCAGCUGCAGCACCUAUAGUUGCCAUCACAACUUACUUCAUAUUACACGCAUCGGGCAGUUCAUCUCAGAGCCAGCUCAGUGCGACAGGUGUAGGAAUGCUCUUCUCGGCAGGGACUUUCCUCUACGUGGCCACAGUGCACAUUCUCCCAGAGGUCAGCAGCAGGACAGGCCAAUCAUCUUCUGACCUCCAGCAGAAUACUGAACAUGAGCAACCACACCACCAUCACCACCAUCAGCGACACCUGGGGCUCCUGGGGAGCCUCACCUUCAUUCUCGGGGUUGGGCUUCCGAUGGUGCUGGCUCUUGGGCUGCAGGACGACUGAGAAACGUCAAUUUAGUGGAAAAGCGCGUUGCCAAAACUGAGAUUAUCUGUCGAAUAGAUAGUACAGGGUAAACUGAACAGAUGGCUCAACGAUGGAGUAGACAGAAUGAACCUUUGAACAGAGUUUACCUUGGGUCAGCUAUUGUUUGUGUGUAACAAUUGCUCUCCAGUGUGUACAAAGAAUCUGAUAGCUAAUAUAUUGUCCUUGUUGGACUGAGAAAAAGGGUAGAAUUUUUUUAUCACGUCUCAUUUACUUUAUUCUUUUUGUGGUCCUUUUAUAAUGCCUGGCAUAGAUAUGCAGGGCAUGGCAUGUUCAGUGGGGAAGUCACAGUAACUGGAUCAAUUUACAGGAAGAAUGAAAUAAUCCGAUACUCUCUCUUACAAAACAAUGGUGUGUCUUUUAUUUGUUAUUCAGCCCAGAACUUGAAAACAGGUUCAGACUUUCAGUCUAUUAAUGUGCAAUAGUGCAGUUUGAGACAGGAAGUGGCACUUUUGUAGUUGUAUAAUUUGAUAUGUAUAUAUGGUAUAUUUGUUAUAUGUAGACCGUCCAGCAGCUCUUUAUGCCUGUUGAACAUGUGAGUCAGACACAGGGUACUGUAACUUUUACAUCCUGAUUUUGGGGUCAUUAAUCUAUUUCUGUUCUAAGUCUGUGUGAAAUAAAAACGUGCCUGCUCAUGUUAUGAUGGUUA